AUGGCUGAGCAGACAUCCGGUCAUCUUUUCACCUAUCUUCUCCUCCCUAUAUAUACUGGAUUCUCAUGUCAUAUUCAUGGACUCUUUGUGCUGACUCAGUUGAGGCAGAAUCUCACUAACAAGAUAGAAAUUGGAAUUGUUCAUAGAAGCAAUGACAGCAUUCUUGUCGAAUGGAAUCAGUUACUCUUUGACAAGUGCCUUCCCAAGGCUUGA